AUGGUCGAUUCUGAAGGCCGAUACUCCACCGAGAAGCAAGAUUCUGUCCAAUCGGUGAUUCUCUACGAUUGUGAGGUGGAAGCUCUGUCCAGAGGAGGUUUCCGUUACUUGAAGUUAGAUUCAUGGCAGAAGGCCUUGUCUAACUUAGUAACGGAAACAGUUGCAUUGUCUUCAUGUGAGGCCGAGUUCAUGGCGGGAACCGAAGCUGCAAGACAAGCCAUAUGGCUUCAAGAAUUGCUUAGCGAGAUCAUGGAACAACCGUGCGAGAAGGACAAUAGUUUACUCAAACGAGCUGUGGUGACGCAGCAGAAGCGGCACAGAGAGACCGAAGAUCAGAAUCAGGAGUUGCAGGGUUUGAGGCAGAUGGUUACUCAAUACCACGAACAGCUGAAAACUCUGGAGGUGAACAAGUAUGCUCUCACGCUUCAUCUGAAACAAGCACUGCAGGACAACAGUUCCAUCCCUAGCCAAUACCAUCUGUUUUUAGGCAAAACUUAG